AGUCGACUAAUUUCAGUGGUGAUCGUCUUUUUUCUUUCAGCGAUAAAAAAGAGGACCGAGGGAAUGACGGGAAGGUCGAGCGCGAAACGAAGGACAGCCCUGUGUCUGUUGGCACUGUUGUUGUUGUUCUUCCGUCUCUCAGCGUCGUCCGUCGUCGGGGAACCGAUCCCCGAGUCCGAGUUCUACGGCAAAACCUCGGACAACGAUUUCAUAUUGCUCAACAAGCUGAAGGAGUUGUUCGAGGAGAAACAGUACGUCGCGGAGCGGGAGAAAGAGUUGGACAAGGAACGUAUGAAGAUCCAGUCGAUAAUAAUGGAGGGGAAGGAAUCGGAGAUACAAUCGGACUCGGAUUACUACGCUGAAAAACUACCGACACCGAAUGCCGUGGUUAGACAAGAGCCGCAGCAUUCCGGCAAACGUACCAUGAUCAGCUAUAUGACGUUGUGCCACUUCAAGAUAUGCAACAUGGGGCGCAAGCGGCAAUUUCACAAGUAAAAGAAACAAGAUAAAUGAAAUGGUUGGCGGAUGAUGGGCCAUGGGAUCGAGAAUGGUCGAGCCUCUUGCGCGGUGCACCCUUUGCCUCGAACGAGACACGCGAAAACAGAGGGAACGGAGGAAUUUCCAUUCCUCGAAUGGAAUUCAUUGGCUUUUUAAAUUCUCCGAAUUCGACCGAUGAAAAAAAAAAAAAGAAAAGAAAGAAAAAGAAAGAAAGAAAAGAAAAGAAAAAAAAUAUCCGGCUCCGAUUCGGCGCCUUUCACACGAUCUUUCCAACUCUUCCGUUCAAAAAUCAUUUAAGGCUCGUCACAUUUGUCACACUGUGAAGCGAGGAAAAGUUUGACGAUCGGCGGGGCCGAUAUUUUGUUACAGACGAUAUAUUUUUCGUAUCGAGGGACGCGAAUGAUCGUCAAUUAUCAUCUUACGAUCGAUUUACGAGCGAUCCCCGAUCGGCGAAAAGAUAUUGGGGAUUACGAGCGAAUGCGCACAUAUUUCACCAGUAUCGUUUAAUUCGAUCGAGGACACUGCAUUCGCGGCUCGACAAUUGUUCCUUUACGUAUAUAUUCAAUAUAAUUUUUCAUUGAAUGAAAACGCAAUAAAAUUUCUCGAUAAUCAAUUCAUAUUUUAGAAUUUGUUCGAAAAUGGAACUAAGAGGACGAAAAAGGGACGAACGAACGGAAAGAGAGGAAGAGAAAGAGAGAACGAAAUAAAUUAAAUUUAAAAAGUGGAGUGUCCUCGACGAGCCAUCGAUAGAAAAUCGAAAUGGCGAAUAGGUAUUUAUUCGUUAGGUUUAAGCGAGAAGGGUGCAAGGGCCGAGGCUCAAAUGUUCUCGAAACUGUUUUUAAAGAAAUAUAUGCAUAUAUACAUAUACAUAUGCUGAAAAGCAAGAAAAUGAGAUUAUCACAGCACGUACAACUAAAAAAAGAAAAAAAACAUUAUUCUAUUCUAGUUAGCGAAAAAUUUAUUACGAUACUCUGCUACCCGUUUCUUUAUAUGUAUGUUCAAGUUCAAACAUAUUCGUAAAUAGAAUGUAAACGUUGCUAUACAUCAAUUAUGAUUUACGACUCUUUUUCCAAUCGCACGCAUCUUGACAAAAAUUUAACCGUUCUACCUUUCCUAUCCUACGAUUGUUAUCGAUAUAAAAACGAAUGAUACUUUUGAUAAAAAGAAAAGAAAAAAAAAAAAAGACAACAAGAGGACGAAUAAAAGGAAAGAGAAAUGUACGUCGACGAUCUCAGGAAAAAAA